AUGGAGCCACGCCCUCAUGAUCCGAAUCUGUCAGAGACCCUGCAGCCUCUCAUCGAAAUAGAUGAGUUCUUUCUCGCUGAGAAGAUGAAACAGGCUGUAAAUUUGGUCUCUGAGCUGAAAGCCCAGGGAAAGCGAGUGUUGAUCUACGUCAGGGAGAACUCGACCGCAACUAAAUUGAACGAAAAGAUGCGCGCCCACGGACUGAACUCCCAUGAAGUUGCCACCAUCUGGGCAAGGCCUGAGUGUCGUAAUAUCAUCUUUAAUUUUAACGACGCCAACCACCCUACCGACGUGGUCAUCACGACAUUUGCAACACUCAAGGCUCCAGGGCCCAGAUUCUAUGGCGCCAGCCGCCACGGUAUUUUUCUUGAGAUUGCCGAAGACCUGGAGGACUACAUCCUAGCUACCCGUGGCCUGUACAGCAUCAGUCGGACGCAAGCGGCCGAGUGGACUAGCUAUUACGUUCGAGAAACACUCGACAUGGUACGCGAUCUUGCUAUGGCACGCAAGGCGGUGUCGAGAAUAGCUCGUAAUCCAGCUGUGUAUCCCGAAAUCACGGGUGACCUGAGAGGCAUUCUCGCUUUCUACGAGGUCGCCCUUGCGAUGGGCCAUGCUGUGAGCCUUUUCUACUUUGCCGUUGCCAAGUUUCUCAGGGAAAACGCUUCAGCUGCCGCCAAGUUCAAGAAAAGCACCAUGGCUCGGAUCGCCAGGAGCUGGAGGCCUGGGCAGGCACUGACCAUGGAUCACGUUAAUCUCAAGCUUCCGGCGAUUGACGAUGGCGUUGUCUUGUACAAUUAUGUAAACGACGGAUACAAGCAACAGUUGUGA